AUGAUCACCACCAGCAACACGAUGCAUUCUGCUAGUCCAACAGCAUACGAUGCCCGGACGAGAGCCAUGUUCGUAGCCAUAUCUGUCGAAGAAGAUCCCGUGAACCCAAGGAUUGUUCCAGAAGCCCACGUAGCUUCAAAUAGCAGCAUAAAUCCAACGUUCGUCUUGCGGCAGGCAGAUGAUAGUAAUGUGGUGUAUGAGCGUCAACGGAACAAUAGAUAG